AGCACGGUCUACCACGAAGGGUUCCGAGUCCCUCGCUUCCUUUUUGCUGGUGUUGCGCUCCCAGAAUCGAUCGGUACGCGUGAAACAGCCAUGAUUCGCCUCGAGGGAAUCGGAAGAUCCGGCGACCGCGGCCACCAUCCGCCUCCGCCGGGCCUAUGUCCGUCAUCCUCUACUCUUUCGCCGUUAGCUCCUCCUUUCACCGUUGAUCGAUGGGUUCCCGCCGUUGCAAACCCUAAUUUUCUGCCUCCACCUCCAGCUGCAGCUCCAGAUCCACCGACCGGUGCCAUGUCUCCGUACUUUGUUCCCACGGGAGGAUCAAGGUUGAGGAGUCUCAAUUCUGGAUUAGCAACGGCGGAGGCAACUCCGUGUUAUCCUUAUUAUGAUCCAGCACGUGAUUCUGUGGAUGAUACUUUGGAGAAGACGUCGAAUUAUAAGGGCUAUGUUGGAGGAUGGAGUGGAACUUUUGAUUUGGAGGAAGGGAGGCCAGCGAGAGGAUCAGUGGUGAAUUCUUCUUGGAUGGAUUGUAUGGCAAGUUGCCAGAUGUCGUCGGCAUUACAGAAAAGGGGUACUGCUGAUAACUUCAGCGCCUAUGAAAAAUCUUUUGGUUCUUGGCUUGGAGCUCAUAAUGAAUCCUCAUUCACUCAUGGUCAUGUUGGAUCUGAAUGCUCGGAAUGGCUAGAUGACCGUCAUCGGGAAAUAUAUAUGGAUAAGAGUAGGGUGUCAAAUGGUAGCUGCUUUUCUGCAGAGUUGGACACCACUUUGUGGCCCAAUGAUGGAUCAUCUUAUUUUUACUCUCCAGAUACCACUUCUGUUGUAAAGGAAUGCGAUGCAUUCAUUCGAAGCCCCUAUGAAAGAUAUGUUAGACAACUUAUCUCUUGUUCAGGAGAGCCUGAAGGGCAUUAUCCAGCUCAAACAACUUCUAGACAAGCAUAUGCUCCAUCAAAUGAGAAGAAUGAGUCUGUGUUGAGUUGUGUUUUAAAACAUGGGAACUCUGUAAUUAAACAUGCAAAACUGCACGGAAAAAAUGAUGAUUAUGUAGAUUAUGCAAUUGGUAUGCAGAAUGAGGCUAGCAUACAUGAAAACGCUGAAGGUAAUGAGGGUUUUGUGAAGAUGGGCAUUUCUAGCGAUGCAACACAGAAAAACGGAGGAACUCCAGAUUAUUCUUUACAAAUAAAAAAUUUGUUGUCAGGCAAUAGCUCAGCUAUAGAACAGUCCAUUGAUUCUUUACAGGCUGUAAAAUUCGGGUUUAAAGUUGGUAACUUGAGCUGUUGCAAUGCUACUAACUCUGAAAGAGGUAUUUUUAUACCUGAUGAUUCCACGCGAGCCACUGAAGAAAUACCUGAUCAUCUAAAUGUUGCUGUGGAUUCUCCAUGCUGGAAAGGUGCUUCAAUGUCUCGUUGGUAUCCUUUUAGUCCUAAUGAAAUCUUACAGCCUCUGGUCAAUACUUUAACCGGUGAUAAUGAUGAGUUGGUUCAAGGUCCGAGAUCUCUAAAUAUUCUGUCUGAUAUUGAUGGCACUUUUGCUUGCAAUGGGAAUGGAAAGGAUAUAGAUUUGCCUCCAGUUACUGAUUUGUCAGGUUCUGAUCUGAAGUUUCAUGAUUGCGUGGAAAGAGAAUCAAAUCCUGCCAAAGUAGAGAGUGGAAUGGAAAUUAAACAGCAUGAUAUUCAUGGGGAACACAAUAAUGUGCUAAAUGAACAAGUAAGCGUUCCACAAGGUAUUGAUGAUCAUGUGAGGCAAGUAAGUCAAGUAGAAAGUAAUGUUUGGAAUGCUGGCUCUAACACUAGCGAGACAAUACCUGCAGUUCGAAACUCGGAUUUUGUUUUUAAUCAUAUAUCUACUUCUCCAAAUAGUUCCGCUGGCUCAGACCCGAAUGCUAGUAAUGGUGAAAUGAAUUUAUCAUCUCUUAAUGCUGUUUUUCCUGCUAAACCUAAAAAUCCAGUUCCAUCAGCUGAACCUAAAAAUCCAAGUUAUUGUUAA